GCCCACUCACUCUCCACCUCACGCAGCAAUGUCCCUCCUCCACGCCCUCGUCGCGCGCGGGACCACCGUCCUCGCAGAGCACACUACGAGCGACACGGUCCUCAAGCCUGCCGCCAAGAUCACGAUCCUCUCCAAGAUCCCGCCCAACAACUCCAAGCUCACUUACGUGUGGCAGGACCGCCUGAUCCACUAUGUGUCCUCUGACGGCGUCAUCUAUCUCGUCAUGGCCGACGACAGUGUCGGCAGGCGCAUGCCCUUUGCCUUCCUGGCCGAUCUGGAGCGGCGCUUUACGGCGCAGUACACACCCGACACGAUCGUAGCCGCUGGCGACCACGCGCUCGGCGAGUUUGAGGGCGAACUGGCCAAGCUCAUGCACCAAUACUCGACGGCGCCCCCCGCCGACCCCCUCAAGCAGGCGCAGAACGACCUCAACAAUGUCAAGGACAUCAUGGUCCAGAACAUCGACUCGAUCCUGCAGCGCGGAGAGCGCCUCGACUUGCUCGUCGACAAGACGGACACGCUCGCCGGCCAGGCUUAUGCCUUCCGCCGAGGCGCGCGCAGCGUCCGUCGCCAGCAGUGGUGGAAGAACACACGUAUCACGAUUCUGACCGGCUUCGUCGUCUUCCUUAUCCUCUUCUUCCUCAUUGCCCAGGUCUGGCCUAGUGGCAAGUAGGCUCUUGCCCUACACUUCUUCCUGUAUAGACGCCCGGAUGCAUCUGUUGUACCCUCUGCCGCUGGCCAUGCCACUCCUUAUCCUUCCCCUUGAC